AAGAAAGAGUGAGGAUGGCAGCAUACGUCUGUGAUUCCCCAGAAGACAAACAGGACGUCUCCAACCACUGAAACAGGUGAACUGCAUAAGAAACAGUGAUGACUGAGUAUAGACAGUGACUCUGACACCUAUACAGUGUUCCCGUGUGACAAGCUCUCCUCAAGACUUGAGACUGGAGGUCAGAGAGUUUAUACCCUGGCCGUCUCCCCCAGGCUCCUUCCAACAAGGUGGGAAGGGGGGUCAGCCAAACCGAUCACAUGGAGGGCAGGCCUCUGUCGCCCCUCUUGCUGGCCAUGCUGUUUCUGACAACAUAUGCGAGCGAUGAUGACCACUCACUGCACACGCAUCAGGUCAGUACGGCUCAGUGUGGAGAAUACAGCAAUCAGGUCCUGGAGGACGGCAUGUGUCGACUCAUGGCCACAUUACCCCAGAUGGACGACCAGCGCUGCCCGGAUAUGUUCCGCUGUACAGAUGAGGUUUCAUACUGGCUUCAUGAGAACGAGGAACGCAAGCAGCAGAUUCUGGCCCUGCGGGAGACAGUGUCCGAACUUCAGGAGGAGCUUCGCAACCACCGCCAUCGAGUCAAAGUCCUAGAGCUACAGAGUGAAGAGAAGAACCGCAAUAAUUCAUCUAUUGAGCAGCGCUUGCAUGAGCUGGAGGAUCAUUAUGCCGAGGCCACGACCUUGUUGCACAUCCAGGGCUCAUUGAUCUAUGACCUCCAGGCCCAGAUACAGAACCUUUCACUGCUGGUGGAAAAAGUCAGACGUAAUCCAGGAUGCAUGAUCAACAUAGUCCGCACCAGCCCAAUGCUCAGUGCACAGGAAGCCCUGCAUCCCGAGGUGCAGCAUGUCAGGAACUGCCCCAUCGACUGUGCCUCCAUCUACUAUAACGGAGUACGUCGCUCUGGGAUCUACACCGUGGUGCCCUCACUAGGGGCAAUGCCUGUGGAAGUCUACUGUGAUAUGGACAUAGAUGGUGGCGGCUGGACUGUUAUUCAGCGCAGACAAGAUGGCUCCGUGAACUUUGACCGCAGCUGGAAGGAGUAUAAAGAAGGAUUUGGAGACCUGCACACCGAAUACUGGCUAGGAAAUGAACACAUCCAUGACCUGACCAGUCAGGGAGACUAUACGCUCCGUAUCAACCUGGAGGACUGGAGCGGGAAACACAAACACGCUGUUUAUCAGAGUUUCAGCGUGGAGGACGAGAGCACUCAGUACCGUCUGCAUGUGUCGGGCUUCAGUGGGACAGUGGAGGACUCUUUCAGCUGGUACCAUGACAAACAGAGCUUCAGCACACCUGAUACGGGCAACAUCUGUGCUGAGAUCUCCCACGCUGGCUGGUGGUACAACCAGUGUUUCUACGCAAACCUCAAUGGCAUAUACUACAAGGGCGGUCGCUAUUCUCUGAAGGGGAAAAACCCUCUAGGUCCGGACGGUAUCGUGUGGUACACCUGGAAAGAUUCGGAUUAUUACUCUCUGAGGAAGGUCAGCAUGAUGAUCCGACCCAAAACCUUCCGACAGCAUCUGUCGCCCUGAAUCAGGCCCAACCAAUGAGCUCAGGCCCAUAUGUCAACCAGCCAAUUACAGUUCUCAAAGCCACAGCGACACAGGUCGGAUGGAUUCUUCCAUGGUGAAAAUCUGUAUGGAUUGAAUGUUUGCAAGGAGGCAGUUAAACCAAAGACUAGAGAAGGACUGCUGCUGAGACAGCCACUGUUUGCCAUUCUGUGAGUCAAACGUGUAUUACAUGCCUAUAUUUUCUAUACCCAUGGCUUUAAGAUUUAAAUAAACGUUUUGUUGACUUAUUUUAUAAAUGUGAACUAACAGUAGAUUUAGUUUCUGUAGGGUACAAGGGGACCAAAAACCCUUUUCAUUUACUUUUUCUUCUUAAAAACUACAUAACAUCCCACAGCACUUUCUUAAACAUGUUUACCACUAUUUUCCUGAUUAAUAGGAUCAUUGCAAAAGUACGAUUAAUGAUCGUGUAUUACUGCACGUAAUCAAAUAAUUUUUGGGGUUGGUAAGAUAUUUUAAUGUUUUUAAAAGUUUUUUUUUGCUCACCAAGGCUACAUUUAUUUGAUCAAAAUACUGUAAAAACAUCUUAAGUAUUGUUAAAAUUUAAAACAACUGUUUUCUAGUUUAAUAUUUAAAAGAUGUAAUUUAUUUCUUUGAUGCAAAGCCGAAUUUUCAGCAGCUUCAAUUUCACAUGAUCCUUCAAAAAUCAGUAUUAAUUAAUUUAAUUAAAAAAAAAAAAAUCUUACUGAUCCCAAACUUUUCAAUGGUAGAACAUCAUUUUAUAAAAUAGAUAAUUAGAAAUUUAAAAAUAUAUUUUUAAAAUGUAGCAAAAUUACGUAGACUCCCUAACAUUAUCACAAGUACUUCAAGGGAAAAAUAAGUUUGGGAUUUUUAGUGAUAUUAAAUCAGUGGUAAAGAAGUAAGCAUAGUAUUUGGGGUAAAAAGCCCUCUUAUCAAAGGGACUGUAGGCCUCAAAAAAAAAAAAAAAAAACAAAAGCCAAAAACCGAAGCCAAAAACACUGUAGCAUGAAGAACUGUUUCCAUUUAUGCCUGUAAUAUUGUGGGUUUAUGAUGUACAGUGUACUAAAAGCA